AAGGGACUCGACCUGCAUGAUAUUAAAAUCAUUGUACAAUGGGGUUACACUUCCUCACUGUCUGCACUCAUGCAAAGGCUAGGUUGUGGCGCCAGAGAUCCCUUGCUAACAGCAGUGGGAAUUUAUCUUGUUAAGCCGAUAUACUUUGAU